AGAUUUUUAAAAUGAUAGUAAUGUGUUUUUUGCUCGCUAAGUCAUUGGUGUUUCAAAUUUUAUAGACAAAUGAAAGCCAGCAGACAUUUUUCGGACUUUUGUUACAUGUUUGAAAUUAUUUGAAAUAUUUACCUGGCAUCUCUGCAUGGAAUCAAAACAAAAUAAUUGCUAGCAUUAAUAUGUUGUGGAUGAAGUUUUACAAAAUUACGAUUUUUGUAGUAUUUUAAAAUAGUAAAAAUCAUGUUAAAAACCGUGGACAAGUGUCCCGGCUUGUACUGUGGUCGUACUGUGCUGGAAAAUGCAUCCCUCAGUGAUUGCGGAGCUUGCUUGCGUGGUUUUCGAGUAAAUGAGCAGUACGUUUGUGCCCCAUGCCAGAAUGAUCUGAGUGAGCAUGACUGGUUAUACCUGGGAUUUAUGGCCAUUUUACCGUUGAUAAUCCAUUGGUUCUGCAUCGAUCUGAAUGCUCAGCAGCGCAAGUUUACCAGAGGCGAGCUGAUACUACACGUCAGUGCUUGCAUCGAGGUGUUCUUGUCGGCCGUUUUAACGAUAUUGUUCACCGAUCCUAUUUGGGAGCUUCGAAUUAACUCCUGUGGCGUACGGAAAUUAUCCGAUUGGUACACAUUGUUUCAUAAUCCGACACCUAACUAUGAAACUACUAUGUACUGCACCCAAGAAGCAGUAUAUCCGUUGCAGACGAUGAUUUUUCUGUUCUAUGUAUUCUGUAUUACAUUCAUGAUGAUCAUCCGACCAGCCCUGAACAUCAAGUAUCUUCCAUCACGGGGGAAAAUGGCAGUAUACUAUGCUCUUUAUAUUUUUCCCAUAUUGUCACUGCUACAUGCCGUAGCAGGGGGACUAAUUUAUUAUUCCUUUCCUUACUUGAGCAUUGUGAUAUCAGUUGUUUCGAAUGCACUGCACUUCUCGAUAAAGCUUAAUCAGACAAUGAAGUCACUGUUGAAAACAUCGGUUAGAGAGAUGCGCAAUGUAACAAUCAUCCUUGGUCAUUGGCUGCUACUAGCAUACGGAAUUAUUUCAAUACCGUACGAUAUAUCGUAUUUUUCGCUAAUGCUCGUUCCCGUACCAGCAUUAUUUUAUAUUUUUACGGCUAAGUACACUGAUCCGGAUAAUUUUAAGUGAGGAAGUUCGAAAAGUAAGUGACACGCCACAACUGUACGAAAGAGAAAAAUUCUGUGACUAUAGUUCUUAAGUUAAUAUACUUUGUUCUGUUAUUACGAAA